GGUUGGCUGGCAGCAGCUGACUAGCAUAAGCUCGCAUCCCCUGGUGGAAGCGGUUUUGUGCAGGCUAGUGAGAAAGCCGCAACAUGGGGAACGAUAAGUACAUGCUCUGUACGUUCUUACUAUGAAAUUCGUCUAUUUUUAUUCGAGAAAAUUCAAAAGGAACAACUGGCUUCCAGAUUUUAGGACGAUGGAAAUUUAACGGCGAUGAAAUUCUCUGCUUCGACCGCUAUAGACGUUGACACCAAGAAACAAUUUCCUUAGGUUAUUCACCCGGAAUAAAGCUGUUCUCUGGACAGGCUACACCGGCCUGUGCAGUCUCUCUCAGCCAUGGCUCUGGUUACUUUGCAGCGCUCCCCUACCCCAAGCGCUGCAUCCACAGCCAGCACAACCACCACCAACGUGGGGGAGGACUUUGGGAGUGAUGAUGAGCGCCGGCUAAAUCAGAGCCUGAGCGAGAGCUUCUUCAUGGUGAAGGGUGCCGCCCUCUUCCUGCAGCAGGGCAGCAGUCCUCAGGACCAGAAAGCACAUCCCCACCACAAACAUGCAGGAGACUUACCUCAGCACCUGCAGGUGAUGAUCAACAUUCUUCGCUCGGAGGACCGACUCAAACUGGCGGUGCGGUUGGAGAGUGCCUGGUCAGACAGAGUGCGUUACAUGGUGGUGGUGUACACCAGCGGACGACAGGACACGGAGGAGAACAUCCUGCUGGGCAUAGACUUCAGCGACAAGGACUGUAAAAGCUGCUCCGUUGGCAUGGUGCUGCCUCUGUGGAGUGACACCAAGAUCCAUCUGGAUGGAGACGGGGGUUUCAGUGUGAACACAGUGAGCCGGAAUCAUGUCUUCAAACCUGUGUCUGUACAGGCCAUGUGGUCGGCUCUGCAGAUCCUUCACAAGGUGUGUGAGGUGUCCCGCAGGUACAACUACUUCCCCGGGGGCAUGGCCCUCACCUGGAUGGGUUACUAUGAGAGCUGCAUCGCCUCAGAGCAGAGCUGCAUCAACGAGUGGAACGCCAUGAGAGACCUGGAGACCUUGCGGCCUGACUCUCCCACCAUGUUUGUCGACAAGCCCACAGAAAGGGAGCGGACAGAGUGCCUUAUCAAAGCCAAACUCCGUAGCAUCAUGAUGUUCCAGGACCUGGAGAACGUCACCUCUAAACAGAUCCGGACGGAGCUGGAGCAGCAUAUGAGCUGUAACCUGAUGCAGUACAAGGAGUUCAUCGACAACGAGAUGCUGCUGAUCCUGGGCCAGAUGGACAAGGCAACACUCAUAUUUGACCACCUCUAUCUGGGAUCUGAAUGGAAUGCCUCCAAUCUGGAAGAGCUUCAGGACACUGGGGUGGGCUAUAUCCUCAACGUCACCAGGGAGAUAGAUAACUUCUUCCCAGGAACAUUCUCCUACCACAACAUACGGGUCUAUGAUGAGGAGACGACAGACCUGCUUGCUCACUGGAACGAGACAUACAACUUCAUAGUUAAAGCAAAGAAGAACCACUCCAAGUGUCUGGUCCACUGUAAGAUGGGUGUCAGCCGCUCGGCCUCCACCGUUAUUGCUUACGCCAUGAAGGAGUAUGGAUGGUCACUGGAGAAGGCCUUGAACUUUGUCAAGCAGAAGAGAAGCAUCACACGCCCCAACACAGGCUUCAUGAGACAGCUGGCUGAGUACGAGGGCAUCCUGGAUGCCAGUAAGCAGCGUCACAACAAGCUGUGGCGUCCUGACCGCCCCGACCCAGACUGUGACCUCCAUGAGGGACUGCAGGCCCAGUGCUGUGGGGGGGAGUACCCAGCGAACCGGACCCCUGAGCCGGGGAUGUCCCCCUGCUAUGAGGAGGCUCUUGCGGAGAAGGGGGCGGCAUGUCCCCUUUCCCCCUGCAGGAUGAUCAGUCUGGAGGUGGACCCCGCCUACAACAACUACUACUUCCGCAGGCUGUCUGACUCGGCCCUGGACAGUGACCCCUCCACGCCGGUGCGCGCUCCGCCCCUCCUGGACAUGGAGCGGGUCUUCAUAGAGAUUGAGGACGUGGAGCGCGACGCCCUGCUGGAUGACGAGGCCUUUGAGGGGCGGGAGGGCCUGCCGCUGCCACACUUUGGGCUGGCUGGGGUGGGGACGGCGGCCCAGACCUCUUGCCGAGGACCAGAGCCCCUGGAAGAGCUGCGCCUGCGUCUGGAGUUCAGCACCGUAGAGGAGGAGGAUGAGGAGGAGGUUCAGAAAGAUGAAGCAGAGAUGGAGGCGUUAGCACAGCCAGGAGGAAGAGUGGGGAGUGCAGGAGGAGGUGAUGGUGAUGGAGAGGUGGAGAUGGUUCAGGAAGAGGAGGGAGAGAAGGAGGGCAAUGGGCUGGACCUCGUAACCCUGAACCAGAACUCCAACAAUAACAACCACUUUAAUACCCUGUCCAGCCUCAAUGACACUGCUCCUUCCAAAACCGCUCACCCAGUCAAGCCUUCAGCCCUCUCGCGAUCAGACAACAAGCCCAGCCAUAACAUGGAUUCACUGACCCAGGAUGCUGAUCUCUGCCUUAACCCAACACACCUCCCCAGUGUCUCUGUGGAGGUCCCAAGUGCCACUCUCCCUCUCCCAUUUACCUCCCCCGACACACCCUGUUCCCCCAGCCUGCUGCACCCCUGUGGCCCUCUGUGUGACUGUGCCAACUGUGCUGCUCUGCCCUCUACACCUCUGCCUGAUGCCCAGGACUCCCCCUGCUCUCUGACAUCUGAGGACAUGGCUGGUGAGGCCAAGGGUGAGGAAGGGAAGCUUUUAGGGGUCUCUGAACCUCUCCCAGUCCCAGAGCUGCUGGGACUGAGCCUGGAGGAGAAGAGGCCGGCGGUGGCCUGCUACGUGGCCCAGCAGCAGGAGACUCUUGUGCAGCUACAGAGGUCAGGGCUGGUCCGCCGAAGGGCAGAAAGGCUGGAGAGGCUGUCAGGUCUGUCCCAGGAGGGGCUUCAUCCCUUAGAGCCUCUAGACAGCCCCCACUCAGGAGCCAGAGAGGGUCCUAGUCCUGUGGAGGUAGAGUUCUCAGCCUUCCCAGAAGACUUCCCCAAGUCCUCCACACCAUGCCCAGUGCCCCUAGAGCUGCUGGAGGUUCCUCUGACUAACGAGGCCCUGCUGGGUGCAGUGGGGUCUGGGGGGCUGACGCCCAACUCUUCCCCCCAUGGCUCCACACUGACACGUAGCUCCAGCAGUGACAGCAUCCGCAGCGUCAGGGGCAAACCUGGCCUGGUGCGCCAGAGGGCUCAGGAGAUCGAGACCCGCAUGAGGCUGGCCGGCCUCACCGUGCCCUCAAGCCUCAAACGCUCCAACUCACUGGCCAAACUGGGCAGUCUCAACUUCUCGGCUGAAGACCUGUGCUCCGUCUGCUCCUCGGAUGCAGGCACCCUCCUGCUCCUCUCUCUUUCCCCAGAGCCAGGCCUAGAAUGGGAGUGCCCCUCCACCUCUUCCUCCGCCCAGCCCAGAGCACACAGGGACCAGACCACCCCAGAGAGAGCACUGUCCGGGGGUCCCAGGAGCUGACAGGAAGGAUGGAGGGACACUCCUCCACCCAUCCCUCCAUCCCCCACUCUGAGCUGGGGAGGGUCACACAGAUUUUGGAGAGGGGAGAGGGACAGUCUUAAAAAAACAAAUGUGUAUAUAGAAUUAUACAUGUAUAAAUAAACAUUUGAAUAAUAUAAAUAUAUAUUAAUAUAAAUCCACAUCAUAUUUAAGGAAAAAUGAACAGAAUCCAAAUAUUAUACCAUAAUCCAGAUGGUAUUAUGGUUAAAGCCUGCUCGGUAUCUUGGUUAAAGGCUGCUCGGUAUCUUGGUUAAAGGCUGUUCUUGCAUGGAGCGCAAUGAAUGUGUGUGCAAAGAUGAACCUCAUACAGAAGACCUGGUCUCCAUCAGGACUUAAAGUGGUUUUCAUGUCUGAUCCCCUGCAUUUCUAGCUGUCCAGAGAUCAGAGUUACAGCUUUAUCAUCAUCAUAAUCAUUAUCAUAUUAUCAUCAUCAUAAUCAUUAUCAUCACCAUCAUAUACCCUGCCUUUCACAAGCAGAUACAUUUUGUUUUUAUCACAGACUUUAUCAUCACAAUUUGUUGUUUACUUUGCCAUUGGUUAAUGUUAAUUGUGGUGUAUUUUGAUGAAGUGCUGCCUUAGCCAGAGUUGAUCAUCAGAUGAUAUUCAUUUUGCUCUAUCAUUGGGCAUAGUGCUCCCGAAGUUUCACCAUGUGCUGAAAACAAAGGGGAGAAGUGGGUGUAGUUGUCUGUGUUGUAUUUGUCACUGCUGUCUUGGGUUCAGUAAGCAGUAUGAGACGCACAUAGACUGUAAACUUGUCAUAACACAAACAGCACCAUUAAUUCGGUGUGCAUCAUGUAUUUUGGAGAGAUGUCGUGAUAGGUCAAAUGUAUGUGACAUCAUCAUAUCGGGUAUGCUAAAACAUUUUCUUCCUCUUGUCACCUCAGUGUUAAUGACAAUCCUUUACAGGUUGGAGGCUGUUACCAACGAUGUGACAUUAGAAAUGUAUUUAAAAAAUCAUACAAGCAUAGAGUCUAGCUCCUCUGCUUCUGAGCCUGCAUUGUAUUUUGGUAUUUGCAUAAAAACGUUGAUUCGUUUUGGAUGAGCCAAAUAUAUAUCAGAAAUCAUUUUCAAACAAUUCAGAUCCCAAAACAUAGAAUACAAAAACAAAAAGACCAUAGCCCCCUCCUGCAAGUACUGCAGUGUGAUUCCACUUCUGUAAGAAAAGUAAUUCCUUCAUCAUAGUCCCCUCCAUUUCUGACGCUUUCAUGGUAUAAUGUCCUCCAAGCUUCCAACAUGUCCCUGUGUCAAAACAUCCAGAUAUCAUUCCAAGAAUCUUAUGGGACCAUUCAACCUCUGUGACACCACGGUGAUGUGGUGCUUUUCAUUUUGUUCAAGUAGUUCUACAGAUCCCGCUCUUGUCAGGUGAGAAGUUCACAUGCUUUGUCAUAGAGAUCCUACAUCUCUACGGGCUGUAUGUUGUAUCUAUAUAGGUUCUCUAUGGGCAGUAUGUUGUAUCUAUAUAGGAUCUCUACAGGCUGUAUGUUGUAUCUAUGUAGGAUCUCUAUGGGCUGUAUGUUGUAUCUAUAUAGGAUCUCUAUGCGCUGUAUGUUGUAUGCAGGGUAGUCCGUAGUUGUCUGGUUUAUAGUCUUAAUAGGGUUGUCUCCUGAGCCCCCCAUACUGUACCUGGACUCUCACCCGAGAUUCAACAACAGUAGAGUACAUUGAGAAUGAUAUGAUGACACAGCCGAAGGGGCUGGAGAAAAGCCAUUCCCUUUACAACAUCUUGCAGCUCCUUUCUACUCUCUCUUCCCAACAUGGAUUAGCCUAUGUCUAGGCCUGGAUUUACCCGUGUAGUUGUACAGGUCCUUUCUGAGACUCCCUACACUGAACGCUAAUCUUAUUAGGGGUUCAAGUAUCGAAGCUGAGAGAAACCCUGUUGUAUUUGUUGGCGUUCAUUGUUAUACCGGUUCUUUCUGCAAGGAAAAUGAACAUGCAAAUUCCUGUGUGAUGGUAAGGCUGAGGAGGGUACAACUUGGCAUGAUGGGAAAGGCCCAUAGUCCACACCGUCUCAUGCAAUGCCACGCCAGGUCCUCAUGGUGGAGCUAUAUCAGGCGCUUAAAAUUUCACAUUUUGAAAGGUCAUGCCCCUUAUCCCAUGUGACCAAGAGUCCUGAAAUUCAGUACACAGGUUUCUCUCCUCACAUGGAACACAUUUUCCUCAAGAUCCCAUAAGGUCCGCUAUGAUGGAUUUUCUGCCAUUUUGAAUUUUUUGAAAAAUACUUAAAUUAAAUCUCCUCCGGAACCACUGGUCCGAUCAGGUUGAAACUUGAUUUAGAGCAUCUAUGGACCAAGGUCUCUCAACGCAAUAUUUUCCUGGCUAGCAUCUGAAAGAACACGGACCAAUAAACAUUCAAGUGGGCGUGACCUGGCACAUAAAUGCAUAAAAAUCUGACACGGUUAUUCGUAUUGUAACAACUUGCUAUACAUGUUCAAAACCCUGUCUGGACUUAACGUAUGCAAGCAGAUCGACCACACAGUGGCUAUAAUGGGCAAAUAUUUAUAUCUCUUGAUCUGUUUGACUUAGUCGUGAAAUUUGGCACACAUGCUCAGGGAGGUGAGUCUAGCUAACCUGUAGAGUAUGGUUCUAUUUGGCCGCAUGGGGUGCGCUGUUGGACAUGAGAAAUAAUACAUGCGAGCUCAUUGGCUUAGCGGCCAUAUUGUUUGAGCUAGAUAUUCUUAUUUGAAGACGUGUCUAUAGAUGCUAAAUACCAAAUUUGGUGCUGAUCGGUCCAGCGGUUCUGGAGAAGAUGUUUAAAGUAGUCAACAUUUGAAAAGGUCCAAAAUACAUCAAAAGCAUGUUGCAUGAUCUGUUGGAUUUUGAGUUCUGAUAUUUGGAAAGCGUGGGAAGGAGUACAGAAGUGGCUCGCCCUAGGGUGACUUGUUUAAUUUGCUCUGGGGCCAUAGCUUGAACCCCGGCAUGGCUGCUUGCAGCUAUAUGUUAAACUGCUCUCGGUCAGGUUUAUAAUUUGAGCAGGGAACUCACAGGAUUCCCCACCUCCGUAACUUAUUUUUGAUCCAUGAUCCUUUAUUGCAUCUGAGAACUGAGUUGUGCUGCAUAAUUGAAUUUGUGAGCAGUUGCAUUGGGAGUUGUACAAAGUCUUCUUCAGGUUCCAGAGAACGUUUUUCUCUGAUCUUUCCUCUGAGGGUCACACCAUUCCUCAUGCAUGAAGUCACGAGCCAUGUGUCAUUUCACUUCCAUCAUUCUUCUUUCUCUCCCUCUUUCUGUAUCACUACUGCUGUCCUGAAAGUGUCCCGCUGACUAUUUCACAUUCUAUGUCACCCAAUUCAUUCCACUCAGCUUGUCUUCAUCCAUAAGUGAAAAGAAUAGAGGUUCUUUAUGCAACAUCUUGCUACUUUGCCAUAUGUUUUUUUACAAAAAUGUUGCAGUCAAAUAUUUUGUUUUGAAAAUAUUUUUUAAGUUCAGUAUUUGUGUUUGUGCAUGAGAGUGGCUACAUGGUUACUGUGAACUAUUUAUGAGAAGUGAAAAUAAACUUUAAAACACAUGAAUAGGUUCAUAUUGCACAUGCAUUUCUCCCACACGUAUGAGAGCACAUUAAGUAUGUACUGUAUGUUAAUAUGUAUGUACAGUAGUUGAUGAUGUUGCAGAAGAUACUGCUGUAUAGUACUGUAUGUAUGUGUCUGGUAACAUGGAGAGCACAGACUUAGUUCUUCCCAAUGACUCCAGUUCCUGUGCGGACACACACACUGUUACUGCAAGCAGUGUCCUUCCAGUUUUAAUCAGUUGUACUGUGUGUACUGUUUGUGUAUGUAUGUACAUAUGCUAUUUUAUUGAAAUGCUGUGUCAGAGAUGCCUGUUUCUUUUUUUUAUGGUUCUAUUGGGCACAACCCAUACAGCCACUUACCGCUGAAAUCUUGAAUUGAAAGUGUCCAAUUAGCUGGCACAUUGCCUCUGUCUACCCAGGGUUCUCCCCAAAGAAUGUAAUAGAGGUGCUGUGCCACCUUGUGGACUAGCUGUGCCACUAUGUAAUAUUUAGUUUUUAAGUCAAUUAAAAAUAAACAUAGUACUUUAUUUGUUAUCAUAUACGAUUUUUGGGGGGUCUAGAUUGCAGUAAAUGGCAGUUAAAGGUGUUAAAAAAUGCCCAAAAUCCUGGGGCGAACCCUGCUACCAUGAUUACAUUUAUGAUGCAUUAUCAAGGAAAAGAUACUGUGUAAAUGUGUGUAUUUAGUGUGGCACACAGAAACACUGAUGUGCACAUAUACAGUACCUCUGUACUGUAGAGAUGGCUCUGCAAUGUUUCUCCCCAGUUUACACCCUUGCUGCUUUCAUUACAAGAUGAGGGUUUAGUUGCCGUUUCUCCUUCUCCGCUGUACAGUAGAUCUCAGAAGGCAGAACGAUGGAUUUGCUUCCCAGGUGCAAGGCCAACAUCUCUGGACAGCAGGGCUGUCCUAUGGUGUGUGUGAAUGUGUGUGCAAUAAUGUAAUAUGCACACUGUUUAAAAUGUGAGUGGUAAUCUGGUCCCUUUUAAAAAUGUAUGCCAACCUCUGUUGUGGGGUGUGUUCAGUUUGGCGUCUGAUGCUGCACAUGGCGGUCCUUAGUGGUAUAUGAGUGUGUGAGCCAUUAGUCCACAUCCAUUUAGGUUUGAUUUAUGGACACACAAGUGCCUUAGCCGGGAGACCAGAGGUAUAGAGCUGUGUGUGUGUGUGGAGCUGCCAGUAUUGCAGAGGGUUUGGAUGGAAGGGUAGGGUAGAUGCAUGAUGGGACACUCCUUGGCUAGACUUCCCUUUUGCUUUAGUAGAACAAUGGCCCUGCAUUUAGUCUCAGUUCUUUCAUUGUUGUUAUUUCUAGUAAUAGACUUAGAUGUGAAACAGGAAUCUGAAACCUGGUGUUCCUUUUUUUUACCUUCUGGUACAUUCUUUGAUUUGAAGAGGAAAAAAACUGAAUCUCCUCUUCUCUUCCUUAUCACGUUCACAUGUCCAUCAGGGUUGCCGAGAUGGGAUCUUGACUCCAAACUUGUUUGUGCCCUUUAAAUGUGGAAGAAGAUCAAAGUUCUAUCCAUGGGUGUUGUCACUAAAUAGAGACACCAUUGAAGCUGUUAAAAGAUACAAAAUGAGAAUCAGAAUGUCUUUUAUUUAUGUGUGUCUGUGAUCUCUGUUACAUCUUAUGUAUUGCACUUUUGGGAGAAACAGAAGUGAUACAGUGGAAUCAUCCGCAUUGUGUCAUACCGAUAGAUGAGUGUUCCUAUCACUAAUGGUUUAUGAAGCUUCUCAUAGGCUUAAAGUCAAACCAAUUUGGCAAAGAUCACAGUGAUAGGUUGCUCCACAGAUUUUUGUUAAAGUUUAUCUUUUUUUAUAUUGAAGUAUGCAGUCAUUUUUUUGUACUGUAAUUUUGCUGUAGUUUGAAUGCAUAUUGCACUUUUUUUAAAACAUUUGUUAAGAUAAUGUACUGUAUCUGUUUAUGAAAUUAAAUGUUUUUUCAUGCUAUCACAGUA